AUGGCUUUGCCUGAAAAGACAACCCAUGUCUUUACAAUUAUAAAGGUCACAGAAGGUCAAGAGAUCUGUGUCAUUGAAGCUAUGAAGAUGCAGAACAGUUUGGUUGCUGCAAAAACUGGCAAGCUGUACUCAGAACAUGAGGCCACUGUUGGAACAGAAUAUGAAGAAACAAAAUGGUUCCCAAUAGACAAAGGUGUCAGGCUAAUUGAAAGGUUUGCCAGCAAGGAAUAUGGGGCUCCAUCCAGAAAAAGACCAAAUGGAGAUGAAGAGAUUGUUGCAGAAAUCAUGGGGAGAUGUUUCUCUCCUUCACUGAUAACAACCGAAGCCUGGGAAGGAUUUAAUUUUGCUGGCCAUGAGAUAAAGAUUAGGGAAGCCACUGACUGUUAUGGAGCUGUGGUCUGGCCUUCGGCUCUUGUUUUGUGCCACUUUUUGGAAAAGAAUGUGAAAUCAUAUAACGUGACUGACAAAAAUGUAAUUGAAAUUGGAGCGGGAACAGGUCUGGUCUCCAUAGUCGCCAGCAUCCUUGGUGCCCAUGUGGUUGCCACAGACUUGCCUGAAUUGAUAGGAAACCUACAGUACAACAUUCUCAAAAACACCAAGAUGAGAUGCAAACAUGAACCUCAAGUGAAAGAACUGUUCUGGGGGGUGGAUUUGGAGAAGAAUUUCCCAAGAUCUUCAUGCCACUUUGACUACAUCUUAGCGGCUGAUGUUGUCUACCACCACCCUUAUUUGGAGGAACUGCUUCUUACCUUUGAUCACUUGUGCAAGGACAACACAGUCAUAAUCUGGGCAAUGAGGUUUAGACUAGAGAAAGAAAACCAGUUUGUGGACAGAUUCAAAAAGCUAUUUGACCUGCAAGUAAUUACUAAUUUCCCCAGUUUAAGUAUAACUCUUUUUAAGGCAAAGAGAAGAUGAAGAGCAAAAUGGUCUCCAGUUUCUACAUCCUGAGAGUUAAUUAGCUGAUUGUCAGUACAAAUAUCUGAUGGUUUAUCAUCAGAAUUGAGUCCUCUGGAUUUAAAUGUCCAUGAUUGCUGCAGUACCUAGACAUUUGAUUCUCUGCUCACAGUCCAGUGUUGAACUGUCAAAGUGAUAAUCACGAGAUUAUGGUUUAUUGUGAGUCGUAGGAGAUUAUCACAUGGAGGACAGGAUAGGGACAGGAUUGCUCUCCUGUCCUUAUCCUGUCCAUGACCUAAGUGAAACUUAUUGUGCAAAUCACUUUCACACUGCAGCUGGCUGAAAAGCCGUUAUGGUAUUAAUGGGUUAAGCUGUUAAUACAAAAAACUGCAAAUAAUGGCUGAAAGUGCUUUCAGCGGGCAUCUGAAAGUGCUUUUCAGCCCACUGCAGUGUGAAAGUGAUUUGUGCAAUUAGUUUUACUCAUGCUUCCCUUCUGGGUCAAGUGUGAAAGUCCUUCCCACAGUCAGGCAGGAAGGACGGGUGAGGGAUGGGAAGAUGACAUCCCAUCCCUCAUGUGACAAUCUCCUAAGGAUCAUGCAUGCCUUUGUAUAAGCAGGCAUUGUACUGCAAGGUCAGAGUUAGCUUAACUGUGAAUUGUACUUGAAAAGUAUGCUUCCCUUUUAGAAAAACAAAUUACUUCAAUGGUGGAAGGCCAGCCAUACCACAGUGAGGCAGAGGAUGAUGGCAAUGAAUGAUGGGGCCUGAGGAAAGAUGACAAAGAGUUGCAUGUGUCAUGCAUCAAGGCUUGUACCCAAUGGCAGCAUCAGGAAAAAAAGAAUUCUGGGUGAGCACAGAAGAAACAAGUUAUUUCUUGGUAGUGGCAAACCUUCAAGCUGCUAAAAUUGGUUUGGAGGGGAUGCAUGCCCUUCCCAGUCCUUAUUUUGUUCCUCUCUGAGCUGCCCUGAUUCUAAUAUGUGAAAUAUUGCAUUUGCAUAUGUAAUGUCAUGAUAGAAGCCCAGAAAUGGAGCAGGGAAGCUGGGCAGGCAAGUAGGUGUGGAGUCACUUGCCUCUAUGCCCCUCCUGGAUCUACUCUUUCCUGCCUCCCCUCAGCUAAUCUGCUGCCAUUAGGUGCUGAAGAAAGACUUGCCUGUCAGUUUGGCCUGAUUUUCUUGGAAUAGCAUAGUGUAAAGCCAUCUUGCCCUUGACCCUACAGCGAAAGUCACUCUGUGUGUGUGUGUGUGUGUGUGUGUGAGAGAGAGAGAGAGAGAGAGAGAAAGAAUAUCAAUUGGGUAAAUGCUCCUUAAUACGAAAACAAAUAAAACAUUACAGGCUAACAGAAAACUAACUUUCAGAUAAGUAAAACCCUUCUCUCAUAUGGAUCAGAACACAGUCAGACUAGGACAAAUUACUUAAUUAAUUAUACUUAAGGAACUGAUGUAGAAUGUUGGUCUGAUAUCUCUAUCAUUUUUCUCCCUCAGAGCAAAUGUACAGAACAAUACACAUGCAAAUCACUCCUGCAUUCCCAGGCUCACAUAGUAUAUAUAUAC